AUGAAAAAAGAAUGUGAGGGACAUGCAGUGGGAAUAGACCUUGGAACAACAUAUUCUUGUGUUGCAGUGUGGCAGCAACAACAUUCUCGAGCUGAGAUUAUACCCAAUGACCAAGGCAACAGGACAACUCCUUCUUACGUUGCUUUCACUGAAUAUCAAAGGUUGGUUGGUGAUGUUGCUAUGAAUCAAGCUGAUAUCAACCCUACCAACAUGGUCCUUUUUCUGUAUGCUAAGAGGAUGAUUGGAAGGAAAUUCGCUGACCCCAGUAUUCAGAAAGAUAAAGAAGUGUGGCCAUUCAGAGUCACUUCUGGUGCUAAUGACGAACCGAUUGUUGUUGUUAAGUACAAGGGUCAGGAGAGACGCCUUUGUCCCGAGGAAAUUUUAGCCAUGGUUCUCACAAAGAUGCGUGAGAAUGCAGAGGAAUAUUUAGAUGCACUAGUGAAGAAUGUGGUUAUUACUGUACCGGCCUACUUCAGUGAUUCGCAGCGCAAAGCCACCAGAGAUGCCGGUGCCAUUGCUGGUCUGAAUGUUAUGAGGUUAAUCAAUGAACCUACUGCUGCUGCUAUUGCUUAUGGUCUUGACAAGGCAGGUAAUAAUAGGUGUGGAGAGAGGAAUGUUUUGGUUUUCCACCUUGGAGGUGGUACUUUUCAUGUAACCCUCCUUACCAUCAAGAAUAAGUUGUUUCAAGUUAAGGCUUUUGGUGGAAACACUCAUCUUGGUGGAAAAGACUUUAAUGACAGAAUGUUGAAACACUUUAUAGAGUUGUUCAACAAGAAGAACAAUGUGGACAUAAGUGGAAAUUCAAGAGCCUUGAGGAGGUUGAGAAGUGCUUGUGAAAGGGCGAAAAGAGUACUCUCAUACAAUUCCGAUGCCUUGAUUGGAAUAGACAGUUUAUUUCAAGGCAUUGACUUCUGUUCAUCAAUCACUCGUGCUAGGUUUGAGGAACUCAACAUGGACCUCUUUAGAGAGUGCAUAGAUACUGUAAGUAAGUGUCUUACUGAUGCAGACAUGGACAAGAACUGUGUGGACGAUGUUGUCCUUGUUGGUGGCUCUUCUAGGAUUCUUAAAGUUCAGCAGAUUGAUUCAAGAAGCUAG